UCCCCCCAGCGCAUGCGCGGCUCUGCGGCCACGUGACCGCCGAGGGCGGGGAGGGAGACGGGCGCGCGGCGCUGCGUCUGUGAGGGUGCGGGCUGGCGGCGCGGUGGGAGGGGGAGGAUCCAACAUGGCGUCCAUGCAGAAAAGAUUACAAAAGGAGCUAUUGGCAUUGCAAAAUGAUCCGCCUCCCGGAAUGACUCUAAAUGAAAAGAGCGUACAAAACUCCAUUACACAGUGGAUUGUGGACAUGGAAGGUGCUCCAGGAACGCUAUACGAAGGGGAGAAAUUUCAGCUUCUAUUUAAGUUCAGUAGCCGAUAUCCUUUUGAUUCGCCUCAGGUCAUGUUUACUGGUGACAAUAUUCCUGUUCAUCCACAUGUUUAUAGCAAUGGUCAUAUCUGUUUGUCCAUUCUAACAGAAGACUGGUCUCCAGCUCUCUCAGUGCAAUCUGUUUGUCUUAGCAUUAUUAGCAUGCUUUCCAGCUGCAAAGAAAAGAGGCGACCUCCAGAUAACUCAUUUUAUGUAAGAACAUGUAACAAGAAUCCAAAGAAAACAAAAUGGUGGUAUCAUGAUGACACAUGUUGAUGCCACCAUUUUGUGAUCCUCGUAGCAGAAGAUAGUCCUACUGAGAAAACGAGCACUUUGAUCAUUCAGUCUUUGAACUUUAACCUUUGACUGGAAGUGACCUAUAGGCAAAGAAGACUACUUCCUUUGACUGCAUUUUUACUAGUGUGCAUUCUGGGCGCAUGUUGAUCGCUGGUUCAGUCCAUGCAACUGACAUGCUUUUAUUAGUCAUACAGUAUUAAUGCAGGUGUCCAGAAAUGUCAGAAUAAUUCCAUUAUUUUUAUUUUAAGCUUUUGGAGAAUUCCAGGUCUUCAUAUAUUGUGCAAUAACACUGAACUCCUUUGCGGUUUUGGUGCAUCCAUUGCCGGCAAUGGACAUUGUACCAGGGAAAGGUUUUUUGCUCCUGCCACAAAAAGAUUGAUGCGUAAUAGAGCUGGGGAAAGUUUCAGAUAUUUGAAUUAUAAGCAAGGGAUCUACCUGUACCUUAAAAGCCACCCCAUUCUUUUGUAUUUGGAUUCUAUGCACUGUGAUCUCAAAACUAGCAGCAUGAGGUAACAUGCUUAGCUGAAGGACUGUAAUAAGAUCAUUGCAUAUUUAUUAAAUUGUUUGUCUGCUGUCAAAUUGUUUUGACAUGGAAGGGUUUUCAAGUGACAUUGGCAGGGAGGUACAAUGUUAUCCCUAUGGUGAAAUAAAACUACUUUUUGUAUAUAGUUAUUCAUAUCUCUGAAGCAAAGGUAUGAGUAAUUUAGGGUAUGAAUGAUUUAAUCAAGAAUUUAUUUUGGAGAUAAGAGAGGAUGGCAGUGAUAUAACUGAACUUGCUGCAGUCCAUAAUUGGGCUUGUAAUUUGUACUUUAGAGCUUUUUCCAAAUAGAUUGCACACUGUUAUUUCCUGCUAGCCAUCAGCAUGAGCCCUACUGCCUACACCAAUAUUUCAUUUAUUUAUGUGUUUGAAAGAAAUCAUAUAACAUUUUUGUUUGCAUUCACUGUUUCUUUUGUUGUUGUAUGUCAUGUUUGAAUGUUAUGAAAUAUUUUGAUUGAAAAGCUGAAAAGUCUGAAGUUAUUUUCAUGUAAAUUAUUUCUUUACCUUGUAAGCAUCAUCUUGUCUUUUAAUCCUGUACUAUAAAAAGAAAAAAAAAAAUACAUUUUUGACAGAGGCUUAAUGUUUUGACAAAAAAGUGUGGACCUUCUUAUUUAAGUUUAGACUAAAGUAUAUUUUCUUAACUUGCUUGUCCCUCACAACCAUUAUGUUUUGUUUGUUUUGUUUUUCCUCCAGGCUUUUACUUCACCCUUUCCCCGCUCCCCUCCCUCACCUCCUCCCCCCC